AUGGGCCAUACAUGUGAAAUACUUGGUGGCCUUCUGCCGUACAGCGUAUCUCAAGGAACCCCAACCUUGGUUCUUAUUUAUGGGAAUAUCAUGAAGUUGAGUUGGAACUUAAUGCUCUUGAUAACACUGGCAGUCGCUAAGAGAGUGGCAAUGAGAAAGCUGCUGAGGGCAAGUUGUGGUUGGAGCAAUGAACACAAUUUCAGACGGUGGUUGCUGGCUUCAAAGAUUGAGAACAUUAGUGGUUAUGGAAUGUGCAUUGUAGACUGCAGUGCUUAUAGAAUUGUUCAACUUAGAAGUCAUAGUUUUAUGCAAAUAAUGUUGAAAUGCCUCCAACGGUGUCAAGGCCACUUAUCUCCUUGCGGUAGCCUUUUUGCAGAUAAGUUUUUCUUUAAUUGCAGUAAAAUUUACUUCACUUUGGUGGUUCUCGGAGCUGAGGUAUAUGAAGAAUGGCUUUUUGGCCCCUUUCGUCCGGUGGUUAGGACAUACCUGGAGAAAAGGAAAAACUUUUUGAAACAAAAUGACUUGCCAUUUGUCGAAUGGCAAUCAAUAGGUUCUUUUCGGUAUAAUGGUGAUUACCGAGCUUUAUAUACCAGUAUUGCAUGUUUUGUCCAGACUAGAGGCUCAUUGUUUGCUUCCUCCUCCAGAUCUUUGAUCUUUGUUGUAACGAUAUUAGCUUCUUACCCACAAGAAAGAAAAAGCAAAGAAGCCCAUUCUUAUUGUGCAGUGCUAGAUGAUCUGAAUGUUUCUGUCAAGAAGCCUGAAGUGCUUCUUCAUGUUGUUUCUCGCAUGGUGAGUUUAAAUGAAUCCUAUCGUGAAGCUAUUGUUCAGAUGAAUCAAAGUUACUUGAGUAAGCUCUCCAAUGUUGGAUCUGCUGAAAGUAAAACCCUGGCACCCAGAAGCCACGACAGGACUGAGGCUUUCAUUUAG